CGCAGGGCAUGCUGGGAGUCGGGCGCGGCGCUCCUGGACUGGCAGACGCGAGGCAUCAGUGUCGCAGGCUCUUGGCGACGUCUUCGGAGCUCGUCGUGACGGAGGGCCGCGCCCUUGUCCUGCGCUGCGCUCUGCGUCGGCCUCACGGGCCCCGUCACGCCCUUUUCCUUGACAGCUGCGCCGAACCGGGAGCGGCGGCUAGCGGGGGCGCGCAAGCGCAGCAGCUCGCGUCGCAGAGGCCGGCCGGGGGGCGGGGCGGACGUGAGCGGCUGGCGGCGUCGGGGACGCGCACGUAGCCACGCAGAGGCCGUCACGUGGGGCACCGAGGAUCGCAGUGCGCGUGGCCGCGGCGGCUGUGUGAGGUUGAGUCAGUUGUGAGAGUCGGAGCUGCUGACCCCGCGGCGGCCCCGCGAACCCGCGACCGAGCGACAGGCGUUGAGGCCCGAGGCCGGAGCCUGGCCCCGUGCUAGAGCUCGGCCGAGCCGGGCCGCGCCCCCGCCCAGGCCCCUUCACAGAUGUAGUCACUACAAAUCUUAAAUUGAGAAAUCCGUCAGAUAGAAAAGUAUGUUUCAAAGUGAAGACUACAGCACCUCGCCGGUACUGUGUGAGGCCCAAUAGUGGAAUUAUUGACCCAGGGUCGACAGUGACUGUUUCAGUAAUGCUACAGCCUUUUGACUAUGAUCCAAAUGAAAAGAGCAAACACAAGUUUAUGGUACAGACAAUUUUUGCUCCACCAAACACUUCAGAUAUGGAAGCAGUGUGGAAAGAGGCAAAACCUGAUGAACUAAUGGAUUCUAAAUUGAGAUGUGUAUUUGAAAUGCCAAAUGAAAAUGAUAAAUUGGGUGUAACUCCACCAGGGACAGCUCCACUCGCCACCUCAGUGAGCAGCGUCAGCAACACAGCUGCAGCACCCGCCACUUACCCCAGGACGAGUGAUCCCAGGAGAAUCAGUGUGUUGACACAGGAGAAGCAGAAGAACGAUAUGGAACCUAGCAAAGCUGUUCCACUGAAUGCGUCUAAACAAGAUGGACCCAUGCCAAAACCGCACAGUGUUUCACUCAAUGAUACUGAGACACGGAAGCUCAUGGAGGAGUGUAAAAGACUUCAGGGAGAAAUGAUGAAGCUGUCAGAAGAAAAUCGGCACCUGAGAGAGGAAGGCUUAAGGCUCAGGAAGGUAGCACAUUCGGAGAAGCCUGGGUCGGCCUCGGCUGCGUCCUUCAGAGACAACGUCACCAGUCCUCUCCCCUCACUCCUUGUUGUGAUUGCAGCCAUCUUCAUCGGGUUCUUUCUAGGGAAGUUCAUCUUGUAGAGUGAAGCAUGCAGAGUGCUAUUUCUUUUUUUUUUUUUUUUUUCUCUUGACCAGAAAAAGAUUUGUUUACCUACCAUUUCACUGGUAGUGUGGCCCGCAGUGACCAUUUUUUUUGUGUGUACAGCGUCAAUACAGGCUUUGCCUCUAAUGAUCUCUUAUGGUUAGAAAACACAGUAAAAACUGUCGGCUGCUGGACAGGUUGUCUAUCACCAGGUCAUCAUUAGCAGGUGUCAGUGGCACACAGUCUGUCAUGAAAUUCAUAAUAAGGAGUUGUUUUCUUUGUGGUUUUAAUAAGAGUUCAACAAUUGUUCAGAGUCUUGUAAAUGUUAUUUUAAUAAUCCCUUUAAAUUUUAUCUGUUGCUGUUACCUCUUGAAAUAUGAUUUAUUUAGAUUGCUAAUAUCACUCAUUCAGGAAAUGCCAAGAGGUGUUCUGUGGGGAAAUGGUGCCUCUUACCAUGUACAUUUUCUCCUUUACCUUUGCUAAUAUCAUGGCGGAAUUUUUCUUACCCUUGUGAGGCAACUGUUCACUGAGUUUUUCAUCCUUACGGUCCUGUCCCAUGGUAUUUAACAUAAAAAAAUAAAACUGUUAACAGAUUCUUGCUCGAUAG